GUUGACAAGUAUUAUAUUUACCUUAUAUAGUUAGUAAAUUAUAUUAAACAAUUUGAUAUAUUUCCCGGAACUAAAUUGGCAAGAGAGAAAGAGAAAGAACAGUGUGCUAGGGAAAGAGAAAGAGUGAGAGAGCAGUGGCAAAGAGAGCCAGAGAGCGAGAGCGAUAUUGAGAAUGGCCAAAUACUUAGCUCGCAUCAUGCUACUUGGAGCUCAGUCCAUAGGACGCGCCUUUGUCAAAGCCAUACGCCAGGAGAUUCAGGCAUCCCAAGAGGCAGCCCAUCAGCACCAGGCCAUCAGUGCCAAAAGCUCCAAUCGGACCAAUGAUGUGCCCGUCAAGGGCAUGACCCUGCACGAAGCACAGCAAAUACUGAAUGUAAAAGAUUUGUCCAACAGCGAGGACAUUCAAUGCAACUACAAGCAUCUGUUUGCCAUGAACGAAAAGUCAACUGGCGGCUCCUUCUACCUACAAUCGAAAGUGUUUCGCGCCAAGGAGCGUUUAGAUCGCGAGCUGCGCAAACUGGCAACCCAACCCAAGCAGGCACCCGAGCCCCUACAAAAGCAGCAAAAGCAAGAGUAACAGGGACUCAGAGGCUAAGCCAAAGCUUGAGCUUGAGCUUGAGCCUACGCCACGUAGAUUUGUGUGAGUUGUAGACAUUUCGGAUAUGAUGUUAUCUCUGUAGUUGUUAACAGCUAAAUUUUAGUCAAACACAUUUAAGCGCAUUUCAUGUUGUCAGGAAUAGUCAAUAUACAUCAAUAUAUUUGCUACUUCCCAACAGACUUUGGGCUCUUUGC